AUGAACGAAUCUUGGCACAUUCCCGAGACUCUAGACUUUGACUGUCUACAAGAAAUUUCACAAGAUACCAGUGCAGAAAUAAACUCGGACACAAACAAUAACGUUAGCAUCAAGAAGGAAAAAAGGAACAACAAUGAAACUAUCGAAAAUGUAGAACAAACUUUAACCAAAACAUUAGAAGUGGAGAGUGAACCACGUCCUUCCACGAAAUACUCUCUAAAACAACGUCAUACGGAAGAUGUUUCAAACUUGAAAAGCUCUUUGGAUAAUGAUAAAAAUAAUGGUUGCAGUAGUACUAGUGGCAUUUCAAAAAAAGGGUUUAGUGUUACGAAUAAUAUCAAAGAAAAUACGUUUGCUAGUGAGACUUCACCUUCCUCUUCUAUAGGGGAGGGUAGCAGUAGUCAGAAAGAUCCGUGUGGGCCUAGAAUUAAUAAUGAUGACAAUAUUUAUUCAAAUAUCAAGCAUAGCAAUGCUACUACCAGUAAUGUCUCUUCGGAAUAUGAAUGUAACAUUUGCUUUGAUACUGCCUCUUCUCCUGUUCUGACUUUAUGUGGACACUUAUUUUGUUGGCCAUGUCUCCAUCAGUGGCUGGAAGUUCAAUCACAGAACCCGUUAUGUCCUGUCUGCAAAGCAGGAUGUGGUAAGGAUAAAGUAAUUCCUAUAUAUGGACGAGGGAAAGAAGCUAAAGAUCCGAGAAUGCAUUCAAGUAUUCCAAAUCGACCAGCCGGUCAAAGACCUCAACCACGGCGAGAUCCAAGUUCAACAGGGUCGCCAUUUUUCCCCGGGUCACAUUCCACUACAGCAUUCAAUCCACAUUUCUCGGUUACUGGUGUUAGUCUCUUUCCCUCAUUUUUUGGUCCCGAAUUUACUUUUCUUCCAGCUUCAGCGCCCGGACUGGCAACACCAGUCGACAAUUCCCCACAACAAACAGGUGGUGCGUACUUACGAUGGACUUACAUUUCUGUAUACUUACAUUAG